AAGAAUCUGGUCUAAUAGUUGUAUUUGGCAUUCCUUAUUUCAAGGACUCAUCUCCUUUUUUAGGGUUAAAAUGUUCCUAUGAAAACUGAGUUUUUAAUUGUAAAAAGGAGACAAGUGCUUAAAAUAAGGAAUGCCAAAUGCAAGCCUAAAAGCUCUAACUUGUUGGAUUGGGUGGGAAUGUGAUUCAAAGAAAUUGUGAUUUAGAAGGAUCACCAAAUGCUCAAUGUGGUGAGAUGAAGGAGUUGCUUGUCUACCUUACUUUCAUCUUCUUUGCUUCUUCAUUUGUUCAAUCUGCCUCUUCAAAGCAAAUCCAGAUUUCUAACAAUGGCGGUCUCACAGACAUCGAAGCUAGAUAUAUUAGGCAAAGGCAGCUCUUGUACUACAGAGACGAGUUCUACGACAGAGGGGAGCAUUAUGUGAAACUCGAUCCUUCGUUGGUCUUUGAAAAUCCUAGAUUAAGGAAUGCCUACAUUGCGUUACAAGCAUGGAAAAAGGCCAUGAUCUCUGAUCCUCUGAAUCUGACUGGUAACUGGGUCGGAUUUGAUGUAUGUAACUACACCGGCGUCUUUUGCGCUAAUGCGCUCGAUGAUCGCUCUAUCAGGACCGUCGCUGGCAUUGAUCUCAACCAUGGCGAUAUUGCCGGCUACCUCCCUGAGGAGAUAGGGUUGCUUGUUGACAUCGCAUUGUUUCAUAUCAACUCCAACCGGUUCUGUGGCACUGUGCCUCAUAAGUUGGUGAAUCUCACAUUGUUGUAUGAGUUGGAUCUUAGUAACAAUCGGUUUGCCGGGAAGUUCCCGGAGGUUGUUCUCCGGUUGCCUUCGCUCAAGUAUCUUGAUAUUCGGUUCAAUGAGUUCGAAGGUAAGGUCCCUAGGGAGCUCUUUGACAAGGAUUUGGAUGCCAUUUUCAUCAACCACAAUAGAUUUGCCUUUAACCUACCGGAUAAUUUUGGGAACUCGCCGGUUUCUGUGAUUGUUCUAGCGAACAAUAAGUUUCAUGGAUGUGUUCCAGCCAGCUUGGGCAACAUGUCAAAGACUCUGAACGAGAUUAUUUUGAUGAACAAUGGAUUCCGCUCAUGCGUGCCCAAGGAGAUUGGUUUGUUGAAGAAUCUGACGGUGUUAGAUAUUAGCUUCAAUCAGUUAAUGGGGCCGUUGCCGGAUUCUAUUGGGGGGAUGGUGAGCUUGGAGCAGGUCAAUGUGGCUCACAACAUGCUCUCUGGGAAUAUACCCAGUAGUAUCUGUUUACUUCCGAAUUUGCAGAACUUCACUUAUUCGUAUAAUUUCUUCACCGGUGAACCACCAGUUUGCUUGAAUAUCACGGGCGUUGACGAUCGUAGGAAUUGUCUGCGUAGGAGGCCGACGCAGAGGCAGGCAAGGGUAUGUAAGUCGUUCUUGUCUCAUCGUGUGGAUUGUAGUGCUUUCAGAUGUCCUCCUUUCAUUCCGUCUCUGCCUUCUCCGCCACCACCUUCACCUCCCAUCCCAUUCCCUUCUCCACCUCCAGUUUACGCGCCGCCACUGCCACCCCCACCACCACCUGUUUACUCUCCUCCGCCCCCACCUCCUUCACCGCCACCACCUUCUCCACCCCCACCACCUGUUUACUCUCCUCCGCCACCACCUCCUUCUCCACCGCCACCUUCUCCCCCACCACCACCUAUUUACUCUCCUCCGCCACCCCCACCUUCUCCCCCACCACCACCACCACCCUCACCUCCUCCCCCAUCACCACCACCACCCUCACCUCCUCCUCCAUCACCACCACCACCCUCACCUCCUCCUCCAUCACCACCACCACCCUCACCUCCUCCUCCAUCACCACCACCACCCUCACCUCCUCCUCCAUCACCACCACCACCCUCACCUCCUCCUCCAUCACCACCACCACCCUCGCCUCCUCCUCCAUCACCAUCACCACCACCACCACCUCCACCACCUCCAGUUUACCAUGUUAGGUCUCCCCCGCCGCCUCCACCUAGUUCUCCUCCUCCGCCACCACCAAUUUAUAGUUCACCUCCACCACCACCAAUUUAUAGUUCACCUCCACCACCACAUCAUUCACCACCUCCACCCCAUCAUUCACCACCUCCUCCACCACAUUCGCCACCUCCACCGGCUCAUCAAUAUGCUUCCCCACCACCCAAUUCACCUCCACCACCACCGCCGCCACCACCUCCCGAGUACUCCCCACCACCAGUCCAUUACUUGCCACCCCCAUCACCAUCACCACCACCACCGCCGGUUCACAUUUCUCCGCCACCACCACCAGCACCUGUGUAUGACGGCCCAUUGCCACCAGUUAUUGGGAUUCCAUACGCAUCUCCGCCACCUCCUCCCUACUAUUGAUUCCUUUUUUCUUCCUUCCACCUCUCAGUUAGACAAAAAGAAACAAAUAUUACAGACUUUUCAGUUAUCUUAGCUGCCAUAGCUUCUUCCUCUUCUUUUAGUUCUUUUCUGUCGUCUCUUGUUAUAUCUCUCUAGACAAUCCUCAAUCCUCAUCAAGCCAGAGGAAGACCGAGGAGCAAGGAAUAGAAGCAGAAAUUUUGGUGCAAUGAUCCAUGGGUUCCAGCAAUACGUGCUCUGUAUUGGGCGGCUCAUUUAUUGGCAAAGAAGAGACAGGGAAAAGAAAUAAAAAAGAGAACAGAACGACAAGAAGUCAAGAAGAGAGGGAAGAGAAAUUCCCUCCAUAUUUAUUUGAAUUGUUAUGGAUGUUUGAGUUGUGAAUAAAUUGGUAGAGAGAAGAGAAAGAGUAGGUUGCGGGAAAUGUAUAGGGAUGAGAUUCAUGAAAAAGAAGUAGCAGGUCUGAAAGUUGGUAGCACCUCUUCUGCCUUCUGCAGCUACUGCUGCUGCUUUGUGGGUUUAUUAUUAUUGCCUCUUUUUUUCAUCACUUUUCAUUAUACUUAGUUUCUUUUCUUUCUUAUAGUAUGAUCUUCAACAUUUAUAUAUUGAUUUUCAGAGCAUUCUUUCA